UCAACUUUACUGUGAUCGUAAUAAAAUAUGAAUAUACCAGGAACUUCAGUUGUCGACCCUGAAUAUAUAGAAAAAAAGCGGGCAGAACUAGAAAUAUUCUUCAAAGAUGCUAAAUUACCUAAAGAUGUUUUACAAAGAGUGAUUGAAAACGAACUUAAACCUUUGACGGAACCAAAUGAGAAUCCCAACCCUUCUUACAUUGCUGCAUCCUUCCCUGGCGAAGUGAAAUCAGAAUAUGAAGUCAUGACAGGUCAACCUUUUACCGAGGUAAAGGAAUCUAACAAACCAUUCACAGAUGAAGAAAUCAGAGAGAUGAUCAAUGCUAAUCCAAUUCUAAUAGAUAAAGCACGCCAAAUUCAAAUAGCUAGUAAGCAGAUGAAGCCAAUUGCUGUGCCUCUUGACCAUAUAAAUCUGCCUUCUUAUACUCAAAUAAGAAGUGAUAUAGAUUCGGCAAAAGGCAAUAAGGAGCAGGUUGACAAAAUUAAUUACCAGAAUAUGCAAGCUUUAAUGAAUUCAGUUGCAGAUUUUAAAACAAUAAAUCAAGGGCCUCCUAAAUUAGAAAAUGACUCCGAGAGCGAGGAAACCGAUUACGAGGAAGAAUAUGAAGCCAUAGAAAAAGUUGUUAGUCAAUAUACUGACAAAUCUUACGAGACAAGAUUUCAGGAAACUAAAGAAAUGUUGCAAAAGUUAGCAGAUGACUACGAAAGUCCUGAGUGUACCACAAACACAAGUGACACUAAAGCAAAUAUAAUGAAAAAUCCAAUUUUAAAAGAAUCUUCCAUUCAUGUAAUCAAAGGGCAAAUCAGAAAGACGGCUAUACAAGAAGUUCAGGAAAAAUAUGCUAUAAAUGAAUCUAUUAGAGAUAAUCCUAUUAAUCUCAACUUGAGUGGAGAAAUUGAAAUAAAAACCGAACAAAAAAAGAAAGAGGAAGAACCAGUUGAUAUAGAAGAAGUGUUUCCAAAAAGUUUUGAGGCAAGGCUUAAAGAUACACAAAAAGCGCUUCAAGAUAUCAACGUGAUUUUAGAUGACACAUCUUUAGAAAAUUCAAGUAACAAAUCACUACCUGAAGAGCCCGCAAACAAUUUUGAAGAAUCACAAAAUGAAUCUGAUGUUAAUGAACAAGUAAUAACUGGUCAACAAAAAUUUGACGAAAGAAUGGAACAAACACUACAAAAUGCUUUAGAGGAUAUCUUUGAGUUAGGUGAUCAUGACAAUAGAGACAACAAAGCACUAGAGUUCACUGAAAUGAAAAGUCUGGCUCGGAAUAUUGUCGAGGGAGCUGAAAAUCUCAGCACUUUAAUUCGGGAAGAUAUAACCAACAAGUUGAAUAGUAUGAAUGAAUUAUUAAAUGAUGUCAAUGAAGCUCUAGAAAACUCUAAAAAAUCUAACAUUGCAUAUCAAAAUAUAAAAGAAGAAGGAGAAAUAUUGAGAAGAAAACAUGGAAUGAUAGCUGAAUCGGCGAAAUUGGAAGAAAUGAAUGAAGAUGCCCGAGAAACUGCCGAAGAAAACACAACGGAAAAUAUCGAAAUCGAAUCAAAUGUUUCGCGAUCACAAAUAGAUGAUAUAAAUGAUUCUAUUAAAAGACUAAACGUAGAAUUGAAAUGUCACGAAGAUAGAAUUAAUCAAAGCAAAGAGAGAUACGAAAUGAGAAAUAAAGAGUGUAAGACAUUUAUGAAAGAAGUAGAUGACAUAUUACAAAAGUCGCACGAUAUCUUGCAUCCUAUCAAAGGAAAUAUCAAUUCAGACGUUCCAAAUCUAUGUGAUGAUGAAAAGACGAAGAUACCACCACCACCACCUGAAAUCCCGUUAGAUCCAGUGAUAGCAGAAAAAAGUGCGAAAAUGCGAAAAGAGUUAUGGGAUAUUGAUCUCAGUAAUGUUUCGGAGGAACGCAACAAAAGACUAGAGGAAUUCAAAAAGCAAGAACAAGAAAGGAACAAGAGAAUAGAUGGUCUUUUGUGUGAUAUAAAACAUAACAUGAAGGACAAUAAAGAAGUUUUGAGACUUGCAAACAAUUUGCUUCGAAGAGAAGAGUCUAGAAAGAAGCCUUUACAACAAAGUUGCAAAAUUCGUGAGUUGCCAGCAGUGGAAUCAGAUGCAAAAGGUCAAGGUGAUAAUGCUGGUAUCGUCGACGCUAAUAACAGUUUGAACGAACUAAAGCAAAGUAUUGAAUGCGGAUUGCCGCCAACGGAGGGGGAAACAAAAAGAGUGCGCAUAACAUCAGUAGAAAGGCAGAAACAAAUUGAAGAAAGAAAGGCAGAAGAAGCGGAGCAAGAGCGAGAGAAAAAACGAGAGAUUCAGAAGAAAUUCGAGGAAGAGAUGGAGGAGAUGAACAGGGGUCCGAGGAUGACCAAGGAGUUUAUAAGGAACCACUGCAAACAACACAAGUUGUACUGCACGCCUUAUUUGAAUGACAUCCUAUAUUUACAUUUUAAGGGCUUCUCCAAAAUCGAAAAUCUAGAAGAAUACACUGGCCUGAAAUGCAUAUUUCUUGAAAACAACGGCAUCCAGAGAAUUGAAGGUUUAGAUGCCCAGUCCGAGCUGAAAUGUCUUUACCUUCACUAUAACGUGGUCAGAAAGAUAGAAAACCUAGCGGGAUGCCCUAAGCUGGACACUUUGAAUCUUGACCACAACUUCGUGUGUAAAAUCGAGAAUUUGGACGUCGUCCCAGACCUGCACACGUUGAGCAUUGCUCAUAAUAUGCUGUCUUCUUAUGAUGACCUGGAACAACUUCGAAACUGCCGCAAUCUGUCAGUGCUGGACUUGUCAUACAACCGACUGGAAGACCCGCUCAUUGUUGACGUUCUUGCGGAUAUGAUCAUCCUUAAGGUGCUGGUGCUAACUGGGAACCCAGUAGUACGCAUCAUCCCAGCCUACAGAAAGACACUGACGCUCCGGAUCAAAGAUCUUCAGAACCUGGAUAACAGGCCGGUGUUCCCCAGGGAUCGCGCGUGCGCUGAAGCUUGGCAAAGGGGUGGAGUUCAGGAGGAAAUUGCUGAGAGGAAAAGAUGGAUAGCAAGGGAACAGGAGAAGGUGAUGCAAAGUGUCAGGUACUUGAUCCGGAUGAGAGACGAGAAGAGAGCCAUCAGGGAUGCGAAGGAGAAGGAGGAGAGAGAGAAAUUGGGGCUGCCAGAGGGAGAAGAACAAAAAGAGAAUGCUGAAAAUAAACCUAAGCCAGUAACUACAGAAGUCGAUGAAACCGAGGGACCAUCCAUUUUGGAGCAGAAAUUUGGUCCAAGCGAGGUUAAAGUAAAAGACGGUGUUGCGGUUGACAUGCUGACAGGGUCUGAAGCUGAUGACAGUACAAGCGAAGAGAGUAGUGAUGUUGACAGUGAAGAUUUUAAAGUGGAAGACAAAGAAGAUGGAACUACAACAAACAUGAUAGAAUGGUCCAACAUUGAGCAGGGAAAGUGUUUGGUGCAGGAAGUCAGCCACAACCCAAUGCCUCCCCAGGACGAUUACUGGGGAGGAUAUAGGGAAGUCCAGAGUCCGUCUACCAGCCGCGGCGACGAUUUCAUGUCAAACUUCUCAGCUUUGGGCAAUUUGAUGUUUAGUCAGCAACCACACAUAGAGCGGAAGAAAGCAUCGCAGAUAUUGGCAGAACAUGGAAUGGGAAAGAAAUCAAAAGCGAAAAUAACUGAAGUUAUAUCAGAAGAAAAAACGGUACCAGAAGAUGCCAAGAAAAAGGCUCUGAUUGAAAUAAUUGAACCAGUUGAGCAAGUAAAUCCUGUCAACGAGAAACCUACAGUCGGAGAAGCGAAAUUUGUUAGUGGUAUUGUAGAAGAGGGUAAUCUCAUAAUUGAUCAUGAUAAAAAGAUAAUCAGUGAGAAGGAAUUAAAACCAAGUUUGAAAAAGAAGAGUUCUGCAAGCAAGAUUAAGAAACCUCUAAAGAAAGUGGUUAUUAAUGAAAUAAGGCACGACGAGGACAAACCUUCAAAUGAAGAGCCUUUUGAUGGUGAUGGUAAAUCAGAAAAAUCUAAAGAAGAAAAUAAAAAAGAUGAAAAUAUUGAGAAGAAAGAUAAUGAAAACCAGUCUAGAAAUUCUAGUGGGGACAUUGAUCAAAGAAGAGAUAGUGUGCAGCACAGUUCAGGCGACGGUGUAGCUCUGAUAAACUACAUGCACAAUAUGAAUGCUGACAACAUUGACGAUGAUGAAGACAUGAAGCCGAGUGCGGAAGAUUUGGAGAUUUUCGCCGAGCUGGAUAGAGAGCAGGAAGAACGACAGGCCAGAAUCGACAGAGGAGAGCCGGCCGUAGAUCCUAUGAAACUGUACGACAAAGAAACAAUGGACGCGUUUUACAAGGCGCAGGAGUGUGUGCCGGCGCAUGAAGUGACAGAGAAAGUGUCCUAUACGACGUACAAAAAUGAUAACGCAUUCGACAGGAUCGCUCUGAGCCAACUGACCGGAGGUGAAAAACCUGAUGAGAGCAAAGUCAAACUUACUCGGGUCCCCGGCGCCAUUUUGUAUCAGUACGUCGAGAAGCAGGUCCCGGAGACCAAUGUGGAGUACGAGAUCGGCGAGGAGGUGGUGGAAUCGGCACCAUCGUCAGGUGAAACAGAAUCGAUUAAUAUCUCAAGCGACAGCAGUUCCAGUGAACCAGAAAUCGAUGUGCAAAUAAAGAAUAUCAAUAGAACAUCAUUCAGACCUUCCACAGCUAACAAAAGUAAAGUUGAGAGCGAAAAUGGUGAAAAUGUUGGUAAAACAAACAAAACUGAUGAAAGUGUUGAAGUUACAAAUUUGCCAUCGUCAUCAAAACAUGAAUCGGACCAAGCCACAGAUAAGGAAGCGAAGAGAUCUAUCAUAAAUACAAUUAAUUCUUAUGAAGACGGUAGAUAUCCUUCACAAGGCAUAAACUACUCGGACAUGACGAAGAACGCGAGGAUCGACCAAUCAGUGGCGUCUGAGAUCUUGACGCGGACGCAGCAGUACGAGGAGAGGGAGAUGUUCCGGCAGAUCGACGUGCUGAACAGCCACGCGGGGAAGAUAGAUAACAAGACAAACGCGAUCAUAGAGCACAUAUCGGGGCAACUGGAGAAUGAAUACACUCUGCCCGAAGUUUCACGCAUUCUCGAAGUGCACAUGGAAGUGGCAGAACAAAGAUGGCGGGCGGGCGAGUUUGUCAACUACGUCCCUGUCAGCCCGCCCGAGUCUGCUGUCGACGAUAAUGACAACGAAGACACCCUUGUACCAAGUCACGAUACUUCUCUUGAAGACACGCUAACUGAAGAUAAGGUCAACGCAAUGGUUAAGAUUAAUGAAGACAAUGAAAGUGAUCAUGGUACGGAGGCUAAAGAUGAUUCUAAAGAAACAACCGAUGUUGUUAAAUCGGAUAUAGAUACGCAACAAAACGAUGAUGAUUGUAAAGGGGAAUCUAAUGAUCUAAAAAAUGCAGAACUGAAUGAUUCCAAAGUUGAAUUUGAAUCGUUCGUUGAUGAAUCUGAAACAAUUGACGGUGAUGAUGUAUUUGAAGAUUGUGUUGGUGAUGGAGAAAGGGAUAAUUUUGAUCGCAUUGAUGAGACAUAUUCUAUUGAAAUGAAACUCGCUUUGGGGCUUGGGGAUGAGAACAAUACAUUUUAAUUGUUA